CAGCCGGCGAAAGUUGCGCUCCUCGUUCUUCGUUCGGCUACUUUUCCCAUCCCCGCCGCACCCCGAGAGCGCGCCGCUUGCGUGCAAGGCGAGGGCAGCCUGGUUCUGAGCAAAGGAGGAGACGCUUUUGCCACAGAGCCCCCCCCCCCGCAGACGCACCUUCCCACCCCUCCUUUUCCUUCCCCUUCUGCUCAUUCUCUCCCACUAGAAGCGGCAAAACUGGAAAACCGGAGAAGCUCGCUGGCAUCUUCAUUUUCUCUGAUCCAGCAACUUUGGCGGGAGGGGCGGCGGCGGCGGCGGCGGAAGACCUCCCUGGAGGCAAACGAGCCUCUCUCUUUUGGGUCCCCUGCUCCUCCGCACUGGCGAUCAACCCAUUUUGCCCGAAGCAGAAGGAAAUCUCAGGCAACCCGUGCACCUCCUCGCUCGGCCAACCCUUGACAACAGCCCCAGACAGGAAAGAAGAAACGGGGGGGGGGGCGCAGAGAGAAACAAACAAACGUGCAGCAAUCGAAGCCGACGCGUUGGUGGAAGGGGGUGGGUGGAAGAGCGAGCAGAGACUUUGAGCAAAAUUGCAACCAAGAAGGAAGAGGCUUUGCGCUUCGCCGCUGGGCAGCCGCCGCCACGAGACUCUGCGAAGACCAGCCGCGGGAAGCCACCCAGCCGCUCAAGCGUCUCCCCAGAAUCAGCAGCCUUUCUUUCUUUCUUUCUUUCUUUCUUUCUUUCUUUCUUUCUUUCUUUCUUUCUUAGUGAUCUCCCCCCUCCCCGUUCCUGCACUUAAUCGGAUCCUGUUUUUCUCUCCCUGGCCCUCGCCACAUCUUCCUCCCGCACCCGCCCGCUUCCCUUCCUUCCUGGGUCCCACUGAAACGCCUCCUCGAGAGACACCCCCUUCACCCCCCCGCAAAACUCGCUAACUUGUGGCUGUUGUGAUGCGUAUUCCCGUAGAUCCCAGCACCAGCCGGAGGUUCAGCCCCCCUUCCAGCAGCCUGCAGCCCGGCAAGAUGAGCGAAGUGAGCCCGGUGGUGGUGGCGGCAGCCCAGCAGCAGCAGCAGCAGCAGCAGCACCAGGAGGCGGCGGCGGCGGUGCCCAGGCUUCGCCCGCACGAUAACCGCACCAUGGUGGAGAUCAUCGCCGAUCACCCGGCCGAGCUGGUUCGCACCGACAGCCCCAACUUCCUGUGCUCCGUGCUGCCCUCACACUGGCGCUGCAACAAGACCCUCCCGGUGGCAUUCAAGGUGGUGGCUUUAGGAGAAGUCCCUGAUGGGACAGUGGUCACAGUCAUGGCUGGGAACGAUGAAAAUUAUUCUGCAGAGCUGAGGAACGCCUCUGCUGUAAUGAAGAAUCAAGUGGCACGGUUUAAUGACCUGAGAUUCGUGGGCAGAAGUGGAAGAGGGAAGAGCUUUACCUUGACAAUAACAGUCCUUACAAAUCCCCCCCAAGUUGCAACGUACCACAGAGCUAUCAAGGUGACAGUGGAUGGACCAAGAGAACCAAGGAGGCACAGACAGAAGCUUGAUGACUCUAAACCUAGUUUGUUCUCUGAGCGCCUCAGUGAUUUAGGGCGCAUUCCUCAUCCCAGUAUGAGAGUAGGGGUCCCGACUCAGAGCCCACGGCCCCCUCUGAACUCUGCACCAAGCCCUUUUAAUCCACAAGGACAGAGUCAGAUUACAGACCCCAGACAAGCACAGUCAUCCCCUCCAUGGUCCUAUGACCAGUCUUACCCAUCAUACUUGAGCCAGAUGACUUCACCAUCCAUUCAUUCCACAACUCCCCUGUCCUCUACACGAGGUACAGGGCUUCCUGCCAUCACCGAUGUGCCCAGACGGCUCUCAGGUGCUUCAGAGCUGGGCCCAUUUUCAGAUCCCAGGCAGUUUACAAGCAUUUCAUCCCUCACUGAGAGCCGCUUCUCCAACCCACGAAUGCACUAUCCAGCCACCUUUACUUAUACACCGCCAGUCACCUCAGGCAUGUCAUUGGGUAUGUCAGCCACCACUCAUUACCACACCUACUUACCACCACCUUACCCAGGCUCUUCCCAAAACCAAAGUGGACCAUUCCAGACCAGCAGCACUCCAUAUCUCUACUAUGGCACAUCAUCAGGAUCAUACCAGUUCCCCAUGGUGCCAGGGGGAGAUCGCUCCCCCUCCAGAAUGCUUCCACCCUGUACUACCACAUCCAACGGCAGCACACUAUUAAAUCCUAACUUGCCUAACCAGAAUGACGGUGUGGAGGCUGACGGAAGCCACAGCAGUUCCCCAACAGUCUUGAAUUCUAGUGGCAGAAUGGAUGAAUCUGUUUGGAGGCCAUACUGAAAAUUUAUUUGCAUGGCCAAAAUCAGUGAACCAAAAAAAAAAAGUCAGUUAAUUAUAAAGUGCCUGUUUUUCUUUUCUUUUCUUUAAAUAGAUUCUGUUGAUAUGUGCAACUGUGUAGCUGGGAUGUCUUAACAGCUAGUUAUAUCCAUACAACAUGAAAGUAACUUUCCAGUAGCUUAGUUCCACUCAAUGUUCACCAAAGCACAUUGUAUUUUCCUCUUGGGAACAUUUGUCUGGGUUUUAUAUAUUAAAAGAUGCCAAUACAAAGAGAUGCCCAUGUCCAGACUCUUGUAAAACAAUUAAACAAAAAAAUAGCGAGUUCUUUUGCUAAGGGGAAAAAUGGAUUCCUGCCUAUUAUGGAGACAAAGCCUGUGCUUUUUUGUUUUUCAAAACAAAUGAAAACACCUUGAACUUCAGGUACAGUUGCAACCAUACAAUAUGCAGGACCCCUCUGCAUGCAAAGUGCAUAUCACUGCUUGUGUUUGUGCACAUAGAUAAAAAAGCUUCCAUUUAUUACCAAUAUCAUCAGAUUAUAAUAACUCUUCAACCAUUUUAUCAAAGCCUUGCAGCAGAUGAAGAACUUUUAACAUGCAUGGCUUAUUUUGUAUUCAAAGAGCAUCCUACAAGGUACCCAAGACAGCCUUGUUUAUUUUGUGUUUUUCAUUUAUGUGAUUAUUUUUGCCUUAGUCCAGUUAACAAAAAAAAAUAUGUUGGGGGAGACCCCCUAAAAUAAUAAAAAAAAUGAAAUUAAUUUCUUAUACAAUUAAGAAUCUAAUUUCUUACUCAAACCAAAACAGCAUAGGUAGUAUGUGUGCCUGGUUAUCUUGUUUUAUUAAGUUAUAAAUAUGUAAACAUUGAGGUUAUUUGCAAAAAAUGAAUUGUCGUAUAAUUUUAAAGAAAUAUUUAUAAUUAUUUAAUGAUAUUUGGUCCCUUUAAAGUUUUCUUAAUGUAAUGAUGUGCUGACUUAGGGCUCUAAAAAUGUUUGUUUUUUUUAAAAAAAUAGUGACAGCCUUUUAGUGGUACAAAAUCUCAAGGCCAUGCCUGAACUUGGAAAAGCAUAUCCAGUAUAAAUCAGCUGCGAUAGGAUUUUAAAAAAGAUUCCAUGUCAAAAGGAACUUUGAUAUAGGACAUUGUUUUAAUUUAUAAAGGAAAGACUGUUUUAAAUGUUAUUGGAUAUUUCGUUGCCUUUUGCCGUUCUAAUCUGUCAAAACUGAACUGAAAAGAGAAGCAGAAUGAUUGAAAAGCAUUUUGGACAAAUUUAUCAAAUUGCAGUUUCUCAGAAUUUAAUGGAUGUUCCAUGGACAGUGUGUGCUGCUCAAACCUACAGGUGUUUCAUCUCCAUCCUCCCUGCUGCAGUCCUUCUCUACUCCUGAAGCCCCCUCCCUCAAGACUGGGGGUCCUUCUGGAAUGGCAUCUUGCCAGGCAUGAGGGGCUGCCACCAGAAGUCCCACUCAUGUACAAGUGUGCUUAGAUCCUGGGCAAUGCAUUCUGGGUAAAAUCCCAAACUUUCUCAAGUUCUGUUCAAUAUUUGUAAAUCAGUGGAAUGGCCCUUGUAAUGCAAAAGUAAGAAUAUAAAAGGGAGGGGGGCAUAAGGGAAGAUUUUGGAAAAAUACCAACCGGUUUUAAACAAAAUACCAACAAUGUUAAUUAUGUUUACUGAUCUUAUAUAUAUAGUAUCAAAUGCAAGAGUAAUGCUGAUUUUUUAAAUUAAAAAAUCCCAAACCUUUUCAAAAGAUAUUGUAACCAUCAUGUUAUAAAGGAAUAAGCACAAAUGAACCACUGCAAUGCAGAUCUAUGUUCUGCUGGUCCAGCAUGCAGCAAUAUUUAAUUGUUCAAACUUGAAUAUAGAAAAUGAAAGUCACCUUAAGGCCACACAUCUACUUACUAAUUGUAAUACAAGAGUACAGCUGGGGUUCUUCAUCCAUCCAUCUGCUACUUCCAAACAUUGUAUUGCCAGGAAGGCAGGCAGGAUUAGCAGCUUGUCAAGUGCCUGAGAUCCAUUACAUUCUGAAGUGUUUGAGAAUUCUUUGGACUUCAGUGGGCAGUAAGCUCUUUUGGCACCUGAGACUGGAAUCCAGCAACCUGCCUCUACUCAGCAGAUUUAUGCACAUGCUUAAUUUAUGCAGGAUGUGGGACCGUAGGUUGAAAUAGAGCAGGUUGCAGCUUGACUCCUUUUAAAGGAGGUGCCAGUUUCCCAGAAUGCAUUCGCUUUCUAGGCUUCUCCAUUUUCUCAUUUGCACUGCUUUUAGCCUCAGCUGCAUGCAGCAAACAAGUCUUUUCUUUGGACUGCAAUGCUGUUGAAACUGAUGAUAAGUAAAGGCUAUGUUUGGGGGCCCUUGACAAUAAGAGAUGGCUGACAUAUUUACACAAUGUUGUGAUGUAAUGUGGACAGUAUCAGCCUCAUCAUCUGCUGAUUGCUAAGGCAGCCCAUUAGAGAAACUCCACAUUCCCAUGGACUAUUCCUGAAAAUUUGGUAUGAUUCAUUUUCUCUUUAGGAAACGUAUUUGCCUUCUAAAGGCUCUAUAUCUACUACCCCCCCCCUUUGGGGUCAGUCAAAGACACUUUUCUGAAGUAUACUUUUCCUUCAAAGACGGGAGCUAUUAGUGACCCUAUUUAUUGUUUGUGGUAGCUUGAAGCAUACCCUUAUCCAUUUAUUUGUAUCUGUAAGAUACAAGGUUGUUCAUUUUAGCAGAACUUAAAAGAGCCAGUGUCUGGUUACACAUUUCAAGUUUUGUGGGAUUUUUUGUUGUUGUUUAUUAAACAAAAGAAAGAAAGAAAAGUAAAUGAACUGCCAAUGCAAAAGCUAUUGUAUAUUUAAUAAAAGUACUAUAUUUGUACAUUAUUUUUUAUUGCUGAAAAGGGCUUUUUAAAGAUUUACUAUAUGCAUCUUUAAGUAAUUUUCUAGGGAUAUUUUUGUGUUGUUAACAGCGGCUGCAGGCAGCAAACCAAAGACAUUUUAAAAGAAAGUAAGAAAGCAAGAAAGAUGUUCUUCUGCAAUUUAAGUACUGCUUUAUAUUCCUGGAUUUAAUACAGCAUAAACCAUUGUCCUGUUUUGUUCUAUACCUAGAGUAAUCUUUCUGUUGUCAUCACCUUUUAAAAUGGCAUCAUUUGGUAUUAACCCUCCAAAUCACUCAGGUGUGCAGUUUUGUUUGCCCCAAAACAUGUCCAUUUCAUCCUGUUAUUAUGAUUACACAGAUAAAAUGGUUCAUUUUACAAGUUUGCAUUAAUUAUAAUUGAAGGAAGGGCAAAGGGAAAAUAUUCAUAUGCAUCUGUGAUAAGCACAAGGCCUUUCUCUAUUGCUUCUCAUGUUUUAACUUAGUGUGCUUUUCUGUUUUUUUAGACAUAAGCUUUCAGCAGGGAGUUUCUUUAUUCAGUCUUGGCUGGUACCUGAUUCUUUGAUGACACCAUAGAAAUAAGUAAAUAAAUAAGUUCAAAAUGACCUCUGCCCCUAGCUCUGCAUUUGUUUUGAACUAGCAAUUAUUCAUGUAUAUCACACAUUUUAAUACUCCCCCCUCCAAAAAAAAACCCCUCUCCACUCCUGCUCCUUCAAAUUAGUUUUCUUAUGAUUCAGGAAGGGAAUGUGUGAAGAUGUUAAUAACAUGGAAUCAUAUGGGCUGUGCUUAGUAUUUCAAGGAUGGGAAUUACUUCUUUUACAAGAAGAAACAGUGUUUGAGUUUGUGGAAUCAAUUAUAUGAAACUGCUUUUGCAAAUCUUUUUCAAAGACUGUACCAAAGAUUUAUUUACAGGAGAACAGGAGUAAAUAUCAUUGGAUGAAAUAUAGAAUUUAAUCCAAAACUCCUUGCUUAGGUGAGGCUUAUCAGAGAAUUGGAGUUUAAAGAUAAACAGUGCAUUCCUGUGCAUGUCUACUCUGAAAUAAUCCUCAUGGAGUUCAAGUUGGACUUACUUCCAUAUAGGAAUGAAAUCCAAGUAAGCUGGCACCAGGACCUGUACAGCCCUUCAGUAUGGUGCAGAUGCUCCAUUUACUUCUGAGCUUCCAGCAGUAGUCCCGUGAAUGUGGAUUUACUGUUCCCCCUAUACCUCUCCAUGCCUUGUUCAGAGGGAACCUUUUUGCACUGUCUAUUGGAAUAAUGCUCCAUUGUAUUGUUGGAGCAUGCCAUUUGAGUCCUGGUGUAUCAGGAGUCACAGAAAAGCCAUGAACAAAAGCAAUAAUUCCAACCUGUAUAAGUUAUGAAAAAAGAUCAAAGAUAACCACGUUUUCUAAUCUUUUAAAGUCUGAGAUACAGUUCAUGUUCUGCCUGACAUUUUGGUUGUUUACAGUUAAUUUCUUGCUUUAUUUUUGUUGCAAUUCUUUUAAAUAGAUCAGCCAGAAACCAUAUUUUUUCAGUAAUUUUUGUUUCAUAGGUACACUAAGCAACAUUCCACAUUAUUUUUUGCUUAAAUGUGUUUCACCAGUCUUGAAUUUCUGCUGGAACAAAAUAAUAUUUGUAGCAUUUCCUGUAAAUACAAGCUUUAAUUUCUUUUAUUUUUUUCCAAUUGCUGUUGCCCAAGAUUUGCUUUUCAUGCACAUACUGUACAAACACAUUCUUCUUUGUGCUGCAGACAGCGAUUGUGGAAGAGUUUACUUUAUCUUCAAAGGGAUUAUUUGUAUUGUACGUUGCAACUGUAAAUUGAAUUUGUUUGG